ACUAAAGCUUAUCCAUAGUUAGUUUAACUUGAUGAUCUUUGCUGACUGACUUUCCUAGGAGAUUAUUUGAAGUUCCUAUCUCCUCAAAUAUCACAAUAGGCUCCCUCCCUGUAAAUUGAAUUUCAAAGUAAUUAGUUAAGUAGAAGGAACUCAUUACAUGUUUGGUCCAUACUCAGAGCCUUAUGGAACUCUUUACAUGUCUGAUCCAUACUCAGAGCCUUAUGGAACUCUUUACAUGUCUGAUCCAUACUCAGAGCCUUGUGGAACUCUUUACAUGUCUGAUCCAUACUCAGAGCCUUGUGGAACUCUUUACAUGUCUGAUCCAUACUCAGAGCCUUGUGGAACUCUUUACAUGUCUGGUCCAUACUCAGAGCCUUAUGGAACUCGUUACAUGUCUGAUCCAUACUCAGAGCUGUAUGGAACUGGUUACAUGUCUGAUCCAUACUCAGAGCUGUAUGGAACUGGUUACAUGUUUGGUCCAUACUCAGAGCUGUAUGGAACUCUUUACAUGUCUGAUCCGUAUGCAGAGCCAUAUGGAUUUUAGGGGAAGAUUGUAUUUUUGCUUAAUGGAAUAGUAGACAAUGUUUAUUUUAAUAAUCUUUAACAGAGUAAUUUUUCUUUUUAUCGUUUUUAAAACAAGAAGUAAUAUUUGUAUUCUAUGUUGUAGACUUUUUACAUGUCUAGCUAGAUCUGAAUAAAUAA